GCACUAGCUUCUCACCUCAAAAUCCGAAAAAUCUGCUUCACGGGUAGUGUCGCGACCCGCAAGAACGUACAGAUCGCCGGAACUCGAACUUGGUGGCAAAAGUCCCGUGCUAAUGUUCCCGGACGCAGAACUCGACCAUGCGGCGCAGUCGGGCGCGAGCUUCAUAGCGCUGAGUGGGCAGGGCUGUGUAUUAGGCACACGGAUUUAUGUGCAUGAGGAUAUAGCGGAGGCCUAUCUUGGGAGGACUCAAAACGGUGCCCUUAUUCUCUUUCCGUCGUCGCUCGCGCUUUGAAGCGGAUCGCCGAGAUCAGUCUGCCGCUGACAGAUAAC